AUGGCGUUUGAUGGUAGUUGGAAGGUAGACCGUAGUGAGAACUAUGACAAAUUCAUGGAAAAAAUGGGUAUUAAUAUGGUGAAAAGGAAGCUUGCAGCUCAUGACAAUUUGAAACUGAUAAUUACACAAGAAGGAAAUAAAUUCACAGUCAAAGAAUCAAGCACUUUUCGAAACAUUGAAAUUGUUUUUGAACUUGGUGUCACCUUUAAUUACACGCUAGCAGAUGGAACUGAACUCAGCGGUGCCUGGAUCCUGGAGGGAAAUAAAUUUGUUGGAAAAUUCAAACGGUUAGACAAUGGAAAUGAACUGAAUACUGUCCGAGAAAUUAUAGGUGGUGAACUAGUCCAGACUUAUAUGUAUGAAGGAGUAGAAGCCAAGAGAAUCUUUAAAAAGGAUUGA